GAAGAGAAAGAAUGAACAAUAUGAUAAAGGGUGAUGUAAAAGGAAAAGAAAAGAGAGGUAAAAAGAGAAAGUACAAGGAAGAAAAAGAUAGAAAGAUAAAAUUCGAGGAGUCCGAACCUAAUAAAAAACUGAGUGUGAAUGAAUCAAAACCCUUCCGACAACAACAAACCGGCCAAACGGACGUUGCUCUUACCAUAGCGAAACGUUUGUUCUUGAAAAAAUCUAAUAAAGACAAGAACAUUGUGUUUUCGCCGUUGUCGCUUCACGUUCUGCUCAGCAUAAUCGCCGCUGGUUCCGAUGGCUCCACACUCGAUCAGCUUCUCUCGUUCCUCCGUUCCAGUUCCCUGGAGCAUCUCAACUCCUCCGCCUCUCAACUCAUCUCCGUCGCGCGCUCUGAUGCUUCUUCUGUCGGCGGCCCUGAACUCCGUUUUGCUAGUGGUGUGUGGGUUGAACAAUCCCUUGCUAUUCAUCAUUCCUUCAAACGACUUGUGGCUACUGAUUAUGAUGCUUCUUUGACCUCUGUUGAUUUUCUUACUAAGGCGGGUAAAGUGGUGGACGAAGUUAAUUUAUGGGUUCAGAAAGAGACAGAUGGCCUUGUCAAAGACCUUGUUAAUCCUAGGUCAGUUAACAGCUCAACCAGACUCAUUUUUGCAAAUGCAUUGUACUUUAAAGGUAAAUGGUUUGAGAAGUUUGAUGCUUCAAUGACAAGAAACUAUGAUUUUCACCUUCUUAAUGGCACCUCAGUCAAGGUUCCCUUCAUGGUCAGCAAGAAGAAGCAAUUCAUUAGUACUUUUAAUGGUUUCAAAGUCCUUGGUUUGCCUUAUAAGCAGGGUGAAGAUAAGCGUCGGUUUUUCAUGUACAUUUUUCUUCCAAAUGCAAAAGAUGGGUUGUCUGCUUUGGUUGCGCAGUUGACUUCAAAUGCUAGGUUCUUCGAAUCCAAGCUUCCUCGUCAAAAAGUGGAAGUAGGUGACUUCAGGAUUCCCAAAUUCAAAAUUUCUUUCGGGUUUGAAGCUUCUGUUGUUCUAAAGGAGCUGGGAGUGGUUUUACCUUUCUCAUCCAAAUCAAAUUUGAGAAAAAUGGUGGAUUCUGACCUAUAUGUUUCCAACAUAUUUCACAAGUCUUUCAUUGAAGUAAAUGAAGAAGGCACUAGAGCUGCAGCAGCAAGUGCGGGUAUAGUAUUAAAGAGGAGUCUGUCGCCAAGGCCGACUCGGGUUGACUUCGUAGCUGACCACCCUUUCUUUUUCGUGAUCAGAGAAGAGAUGACUGGAACAAUACUAUUUACAGGGCAGGUGCUCAAUCCACUUGUUAGGUGAUGAAAACAUCAUUAGUGAAACUUAAGCCCUUAUUCUGUUAUCUUUAUUUUUCUUAUGGUCCUGUUAGUGAAACUUCCCUUAUUCUGCUAUCUUUGUUUUUCUUAUGGUCCUGUUAUUAGAAAUGGUUUGACGUGAGACACAUGGAUCAGCUUUACAAUUUUCAUUGCUAACCGUUUUUAAUAUUUUGAAAUGCACUCUUUUUUAUGAAUGUUGUUGCUUUA